GACUGGUCCAAGUGUCCCAGCUGAGGGGUUCUGUUGGACCCCCCUUUGCAGGGGUGUCUCAUUGAGAUAUGGUAAGCGCGCACGCGCUUGCGCUAAAUCUAAUGCGGGGUAGGAGAAAAUUACAAACAAGCAAUUGGGGUUUUGUCUCCAAGACGCGGUUCGAGCGUCAAUCAACGCGACACUGACAGAAACGUCAUUUCCUGGGAGUCGCUGUGCCACUAUGCCAAAAAGCCCGCCUUCGCAAUAAGGCUGCCUUCAAUACGAACAUCGAUUUCAAGUUUAUUAAUCCCUACUGCAAAGUGUCUACUUUCUUUCAGAUUUACUGUUUUUUCUCCCAGUCGGUUGGGCAAAAGACACUAGAACUAGUGGGAACCUCCUCGCAGGCCACUUUGCGCAAGUGGGCUCUGCGCAACCAAUCGUCAAGAUGUUCUCCAUGGCACUUCCAGAACUGAUGCCUCAUGACUCCCACGCCCUGUGGUACUCGUCGUCGCGCGCCCCAAUCCCAUCCUCAUUUCUCGACCCAGCUCAGAAUCCCAACGGUCACUUGACCAACGAGGGUCUCCAAGAUGGAGCCCCUGGCCUCCAAAACCGCCGCCACGGCGCCGCGGCAGUUGAGCGCAGCGCACUGGCUCGCCUGCGGGCGGACGAGGCCCUGCAGGAACGGAGACGACACAACGUGGGAAACUUUGGCGCGACGUGGCUGAAACCACCCGGAAUAACCAAGUCACUCUACCAGCUGCGUGAGGAGCGGCGCGAGGCCGAAGAGCAUGCCGAGGCGAUGCGGAGGGAGCAGCUCGCGCAGCAGCUUGCCGAGGCCGAGGCUGAUGGAGAGGGUCUGAUUGAGGGUGAGGGCGACAUCAUGGACGAGGCUGAGGACGGCGUGGAGGAUGCUGGUGAGGCACCGGCUGAGAGGGACUUGGACGAUGAGAUUCCAGAUGCGGACGAGGGCUUUGGCUACGACGGGGCCACUACGACGAGCGAGGAAGACGACAGCGACGACAGUGAUGACACGGACGGCGAUGGAUCAGGUCCUGGCCGGGUCAGCAUUGGUGGCGCAGCCCAAAGAACACCAGAUGCCCAUGCAGCCGCGCAGCAGAGGAGAGAGCUACGUCAAGUCGUUGCAACGGAGGAUCGAUUCCUUGGGAUGAUGUCACGUGGUCAGGCGGUAAACAAUCAGGAAGACGACAUGUACCCUGGUGCGGAUGACGAAGUUGACGAUGAGGAGGCUGCUGAAAUGCUUGAGGAAGACGACCUCAUCCAUGCCUCCUACGACAACGGCGGCUUGGACGAUGGCCUUGAUAUGGACAUGGAUGGCGAUCUUGACGACGAGAUCCCCGAGGCGGAGAGCGGUGGUUAUGAGCACACUGACAGCGACGCCUCGUUGACUAGCAGUGACGAGGAUGAGGACGGCCCGGCUGAAACAAGCUUCGCACAAGGCCACCCGUCCGCGUCAUCGCAGUUCAGGACCGUCAACUUAAGAGGCCAGGGGCAGUAUGGGAACCCCAGAGCCAGUUUGGACUUGAGUAGUGUUCUUUCUCGGGAUGGAAGCAGUCUGCCAGGCAGCAGUAGUCCCCAAGUCCGGAGGCUGCCUUGA